UGGAGCUGUGAUAUGCUAGCUAUUAAAUACAGGUCUUAAGACAAGUUCUGUGAUAUGAUGAACCACUUGAACACAUUUCAAAGGGAUUUGAGUGAACUCAGUAGCCUAUUGCGUCACAUUUCUGUUAGCUACUUGCUGACAUCUGAAUAAGUCAGAUUAACAGAAUGUUUGGGACUGUGGUGGUCGGCGUUGGAAUUGCUGGCUUAGCACGGAUUCGAGAUUUGAUGAAUCCAAUGCCUUCUAGCCCUUCAGAGCAUCUGAAGCUCCUUGGAUUUGUAUCCAGGAGAAGUUUUGGCAAUAUUAAUGAAGCCAAGCAGAUUAGCCUGGAAGAUGCUCUAAGAAGCAAAGAGAUUCAUGCAGCCUUUAUCAGCACAGAGAACAAAAGCCACGAAGAAACCAUCAGAAUGUUUUUAGAAGCUGGGAAGCAUGUCCUUGUUGAGUACCCCAUGGCUUUGUCUGCUAAGGCAGCCCAUGAGCUCUGGGAGAUGGCUGAGCAAAAAGGUAAAGUCCUCCACGUGGAGCAUAUUGAACUUCUGACUGAAGAAUACAAGCAGCUGAAAAAGGAGGUGGCUGGGAAAGAUCUAGUGAAGGGAACGUUACAUUUCACAGGCAGUGUCCUCGAUGAAACAAAAGCAGGGUUCCCAGCUUUCAGUGGAAUUGCCCGACUGACUUGGCUGAUUGACCUCUUUGGUGACCUCACUGUUACCUCCGCCACCAGAGAAGAGCAGAAGGAUAAGAAUUAUUCUAGAAUGACUGUCCAUUUUCAGACUGCAAACAAGAAGCCUCUGACUUGGAUUGAAGAAAGAGGACCAGGAAUGAGACGUGAAAAGAAAAUCAAUUUCUGUUUCACCAGUGGUUGCCUGGAGAACUUCCCUCAAGCCCCAAGGUCUGCUGUGGGCCUUUUCAUGCAGGAUCAGAACCUCUUUGCCAAAAAACUGCUGGGACAGGUAUCCAAGGAAGAGCUGGCUGCUGAGAAAUGGCGAAUUUUGCGGUGCCUUGACCUUGCUGGGAUGAUUCAACAGCAGUGUGAACAGCCUGAGAAAAUCUGUUCUUGAGGUGGCUCUUCCAAGAGGAACAUGGCAGAUAGGAAAGCUGUAGGUCUAGAGCUAAGUGUUGCUGUCAGGCAAUUGCUGUUUCUGUUAUAUUGCAUUCUCUUUGACUGAAUGUCACUCCUGGGUUCUCUAUGGGGACUGGAGAUCCUGGGCUAUGCCCUAUGCCUUCUGGUGUUUGCUAGAACAAAGCAACAUGUUACCCCGCUCUGAUGCAUUGCUGUCCUUUCAGGCAGACAGGAACCCAGCAGCAACGAGGUUUCUCAUGUUUGCUUCCAAGCAGUUCAGUUGGUAAUGUCCCUGAAGCCAGAUCACGGAGGAUUGCAAAUAGGUAACAUGAUUUUCCUUCUUGAGUAUUCUUUCUCUUCUAUUUAGAUGUAUCUGAAAAUGAGACAUACAGGAUUAUCUAGAACAGAGCUCUAAAAAGAGUUUUUGACCUCUCUCUGCUUGACCUGCAAAAGUUGUGCCUCCUCAGUCCCAACCUUUUUCUUCUGGGUACUCUGAAUUGGUUUGUGUGUUUGCUCUAGUUAGAAGCUAUGCCUCUUUUGUUUUGCAUUUCACACUGGAAAUCAUUUACCUUCAAACAGAACCUAUAAUGGUACCAAACCAGAAUAGAAAUAUCUUGUUUCUGACAGAUGCAAGUUGAGUCCAUUCUAUUUCUCUGAUGCCCUGUGCCAACACAGAAAUGUUUUUCCAGAGGAGAUAAAAACAAUACGUUAAACUGAUACAUCACCUGCUUACUUUCCUUUUUUUUUUUUUUUCCCAUUGGAAGCAUUGUGUUACUGUCUUUCAUUGGUGUUCUGUAUUCUGAUUCAGCAUGUGAAUGAUUCUCACCUAAAAAUAAUAUAUGUCCUGAUAUUAAAAAAAAACUAACUGGUGUUCUCCUGGAAACAGUAAAAGUCGUUAGAAAUAGUGAUAAAAUUAGAGUAGGACUGUAGGAAAUAGAGCAAUUUGCAAAUAUAGCCAUGCAAUUACCAAGUAUCACAGCUGUGGGGAUGGAUGUGUGGCAUUUUACAGUAGUCCCAGGGUCACAUAUGAAGACAUUAUCACUUCCCUAAAGAAUCACUUUAUUGGAGAAGAAGCCUGAAUAGUGCACAAAACUAUUAACAAUUUCUCUGCCUUUAUUUUCUAAUUACAGCAUUUGCCUGUGCUGUGUUAAUAUAGCAGCAAACUUCAGCCUACACAGUUCUCUCAAAUGCAGACCCAUCAUCUCCUUAAUACGUUACCAUGUUGGCAAUUUUGAGUAAGGACUUUAUAUGUUAUAGAUGUGUAUAUAACCACAACUACACAGUACUGAUGGAAAAGGAUUUUCCAUUAACUCAAUCAUAUUUAUUCUCAAAUUAGAUACAGUUCAGUUAGAGUUUGAAUCAGAGAAGGAAGGAAAGGCUGUAUUUUGUUUCCCAAAUAAUUCAGGAGCAACUAGGGCUUGAUAUGUGAAUGAGUUCACAAAAUACGUUUGAAUCUAUUACAUCUAUUAAAGUCAGUGAAAAGUAUUUCAAGUGUUUGAAAUCCGUGUGUGUCACUAGCAGAUCUGUGCAGGCAGAUCACGUGCUUGUCCACCCAAACAGAUCCCUUACUGAGAAUUCUCAGGGACUUAUUUAUGAAUGUAAUGGACUUUGCUUGGGUGGACCUGAUGCUAAGUGAGUGGGAAGGAUUUUAUCCCAAUGGAUUCAUGGCAAAACACAAGAAGUCCAUCCUGGAUCAAAAUGAAAUUAAAAUCUGCUGUGUAUGUGUAUCUGCUAUGUAUGACAGCACGCACAGUUUCCUGUUUGCUGUCAGACUCCUCAUCUGUGAGCCUGGGGUGAAUACCACUUGCUAACUGACAGCAGGCAGUCAGGGAGGGACAGCAAAGGGAAGGGAGAUUUCACGCUCCCCAGAAGCAUCUAAAUUAACCAGUAAGUCUCCCUGGGGCUGCUCUGUAGUUCCUCAUGAGAGCUGUAGUUAGCAGUAUUCCUCUAAGGAGUGAACAAAAGCUCGUGGGAGCACUGUAAAGCAGCACUGCAGCCAUUCAGUGAAUUGCCCUGGAGAAGCCUCUUUCUGUAGCCUGGGAAAAUUAGCUGGUUAUUUUGAGCUGGUGGAGGCAGAUUCUGGGUGUCCUGCGCUGUCCUCCAUCCCCACUGUUCCUCCCAGCAAAUCUACUGCACUUGAAAGCCUGGAGCAUUCAAACUGUGUUAUCUUUGAAACUGUGAAUUUGCUGAUGCUGCCAUGGUUUGUAUACAAGAACUACUGGGUAUCAAGCUUCAAACAUAUAUCCUUAAUCAGAUGUCAAACUCACCAAUAAAAAACUGGAGUUCUUAAUCA